AUGGUCAAAAAACUAGUCACCAGUACCGAUGAUCAAACUUGGACAAACAAAGAUGGACUGAUCCUUCUACUGGGUCGGCCGGAGCUUGAAGGCGAAGAAAAAGUGAUAGUAAAGCUCCCAAACUUUUACAAAUCGAUCCUAGCCACCCCAAGGAAAGUCAAUCCAUUGUUGGAGAAUGUAAAGGAUACGGACCUCUGGGUAUCUGAAAAACUAGGCCUCGGAAAGGCUUUCCAGAAGUUUGCGGAGAUCGAGAUCCCACUAUUAUGUUCCGCUAUGCUCCCAAACGCGCCAGAACAGCCGUUAAGGGCUCUUCUGGAAUGGAUGUCUUGGGUCAUUUUCUUUGAUGAUCGCUAUGAUAGAGGCGAUUUCGAAGGCAAACCCAUUGAAGCUGCUCAAGAUAUUCUUGAGACGUUAGCGAUCCUAGAUGACGACCACCCACCAAUUCCAGUCGAGGAGAAUGCUUUAAGACACAUUUACCAAUGCGUCUGGAAAAGAAUAAGUGCAAAUGCGCCUCCGGACGAAAGAGCUCGAUUCAAACUAGCUAACCGAGAUUAUAUGAUCGGGCUCUUGUACCAGGACAAGUUGAUGGGGAAAAGAAACACGAUCCUAACCCCUGAGGAAUAUAUGUCGUUUCGGCGGAAAACUAGCGGGGUUAGGACGGUAGCACUUUUUUCGGAAUGGGCUGUUAAUUUAAACGCUAAAAUUCCACUUUACGUUAUGGAACAUCCAUCCGUGAAGGAUUUUAAGGAACUAUCCGAUGAAAUUAUAGCCUUGUGUAACGAUAUUAUAUCUUCGGCAAAAGAAAUACAAGGUUUUACUCUACAAGAGGCAAUGGACAAAGCUGGGGAAAUGGUUUUCCAAACAUACGAAAAAUGGGAGGAAGCGUUACGCGAGCUACCUACAUGGGACGAGGAGAUCGAUGCGAACGUAGCGAGGUUGAUUCAAGGGUAUGCUGAUGCAUGCUGGGGAAACCUUGACUGGAGCUAUCAUACUGCUAGAUAUUUAGGGAAUGACCGAGAAAUGGCUCGUGCUACAGGGUUCGUAUCUUUUUAUGUCAAAGAUGUUCGGAAAAUCCAGGAACUGGCAGGGAUCAAAAAAUAA